AUGCCUAGUCUCGAAGAACAGCCCCCCUUCAAGGUUCUCAUUGUCGGAGGGUCUUAUUCCGGUUUGGCUGCAACCCUGAACCUUGUUGACCUGUGUCAUGGCCGGAAGUGUCGAUUCAAUCUGGAUGAGAAUGAGCAGGGUCCUGGGAGCACAAUUCCUGUGCAAGUAACCAUCGUGGAUGAGCGCGACGGUUAUUACCACCUGAUCGGACUGCCUUUAGCCAUAGCCUCCAAUGCUGAUGCUAGCACGUUCUGGAAGAAGUUCGAGGAUAUCCCCGCUCUCCAAUCCCCGGAUAUCAAUCACAUUCAAGGACGAGUAGACUCCAUAGACUGCAAAUCCCGGACUGCGCAGAUCCAUCAAAUGACUGCGAAUGAUGGACACAAGAUUGUCGAAGAAAAAUACGACUACAUGAUUGCGUGCUCGGGCUUGCGAAGAGAGUGGCCUAGUGCGCCCAAGUCUUUGACUCGGGAGGCAUAUAUUGCGGAGACUGCAGACUCUGUGCAGACUAUCGAGGAAGCUGUGGAAGGCGUGGUUAUCAUUGGAGGCGGUGCUGUUGGUAUCGAGAUCGCCGCCGAGAUUAAAAUGCUUCGACCUCAAGCAAAGGUGACCCUCGUUCACUCUCGGCAACAGCUGCUCUCCUCUGAGGACCUUCCCGAUGAGUUCAAAGCAAAGACACUUGAAAUAUUGAAAGAGUCCAAGGUCGAAGUGCUGUUGGGAGCACGCGUCCAGGAUACAGUUCUCGGUAGCGACUCCUUUCCAGCGAAGUACACGCUCAAGCUCUCGGAUGGCCGAGAACUCAUUGCCGACCAUGUAAUCAAUGCCGUGUCAAGGUUUGCGCCAACAUCCUCAUAUCUUCCUAAGGAUGCCUGCGAUUCUGAGGGAUAUGUCCGUAUCACACCCGGUCUUCAGCUUGCCGCAGAUGUGCCCAACAAGGAAUAUCACUACGCUGCCGGUGAUAUUGCUUCCUGGUCUGGUAUCAAGCGUGGUGGACAGGCGAUGCACCAGGCGCACUAUGCAGCUUUUAAUAUUCACCAGCAGAUGUUAGCGGAGCGAUACAAUACGAAGCCCAAGUUUGUGGAGCUAGUUGAGGUAGCUCCGAUGAUGGCUUUGGCCCUUGGGAAGACAGCUGUUGGCUAUUUUCCAGCUAUGGGGUUAUCCUCGGGUGACGAUAUCCAUAAUAUGUUUUUCAAAGAUGAUCUAGGAUAUGAAAUUUGUUGGAAAUGGAUGCGUUUGGGCGAAGCAACCGAGUAA